CGAAGGAAGGAAGCGAUGAUCGGGACCAGGAAAUUCAAAAAACUGCAGAAGGCAACGAGGAGGGCGCGAUUCCUCUUUGCUGAAUCGGAUCGAAGUUGGGCGCUCUGAUCCCGCGCUUUGUUUUUGCUCGCGAGGGACGCAAUCGCAAGUUUUCAUUUCUCCGGCACCUGAACUUUAUAUAAGAUCUCAAAGCCCGGAAAACUCAUGUUGAAAGACCGGAACGCCUGGCUGGGUGUCUUCUUUAGAAACAAAAAAAAUCUUAGUGCCUGACAGAAGCCGCCAUCAUGACUAACAGCGACAGUAGAAAGUUUGCCGCCCAUCUUCUGGAAAUUGAUAAGAACCUGGGAAGCGAAGAUUUGGAGGCUCUGAAGUUUUUCUGCAUUGACCUCAUCCCCUGGAAGAAGUUGGAAACUGUGGAGUCGGCACACGAUAUUUUCCAUUAUCUCAUGAACGAAGACAUACUAAAUGAGGAGGACAACUUUAUAGUAGCAGAACUUCUUUACAGAAUCAAGAGUAUCAGCCUGCUCACGAAGCUUAGCUAUACCAAAGAUGCAGUUGAAGAAGAUCUGCCUCGAAAAGGGAGGGUAUCUGAAUACCGGCAGAUGCUGUUUGAUUUGUCAGAAGGGUUCACUAAGGGAGAUGUGAAGACUGCCUCGUUCUUUCUGAGGCACCAUAUUCCCAAGAAGCUAUCCACCGAUUCUGCUCUGGAACUGUUGACUUGCCUGGAGAAGCAGUGCCUUAUAUCGGAGUCCGAUAUCUCUCUGCUGGAAGAAACUUGUCGGAAGAUAUCGCCCGAACUCCUGAAAAUACUGGCAGCAUAUAAAGAAAGACAAGAGUCUAAAGAACAAAGCAUGGAAACUCUGUCCUCAGCUGGUGCAGGUGGAUUUUAUUUACUCAAGGGACUCUCUAUCAAAGACCCACCAAGAAAUCAUUAUCCCCAAACCGAAGAAUCUGGGAGCAUGAGAGAGUAUGCUGGAAGUGUGCACUCCUUUGCUGCAAGUCAAGAUUUAAAAGCUGGAAAUGUGCAAGAGCCGAGCUUGCAACAGCCUGCAGGACAGGAUCAACUGAAACCUGCAGCAGAGGAGUCUGCUCUCUAUAAAAUGAACAGGCGUCGCAGAGGAUAUUGCCUUAUUUUUAAUAAUGUCAAUUUCGAGGGAGGUUUGCUACCCAGAAAAGGAUCUCAAAAAGAUGUCUUGGAACUGGAAAGUGUGUUUAAAUGGCUUGGGUUCGAAGUGAAAAAAUAUGAUGACAAGACAUUGGCUGAACUUAACAAACUUCUAAAGGACUGGCAGUCUUCCGAAUGCUGGAAAGACAGUGAUUGUCUUGUGUGCUGCAUUCUGUCUCAUGGCGAAUCUGGGAAAAUUUUUGCGGCGGAUGGCAGUCUCAUCCCCAUCAGGACCAUCACCUCUUUCUUCACAGCCAAACAAUGUCCUUUACUGGCUCAGAAGCCCAAACUCUUUUUCAUCCAGGCAUGUCAAGGUGAUAAACCUCACAAUCCUGUUUACAUUGAAGCAGACAGUCACGAGCCGGGCUCCCCUGGAGCAGAUGCCCAGACUUCAGGAUUUAUUCCUACACAACAGCAGAUGAAAUCAACCAUCCCAGAAGAAGCAGACUUCCUCCUUGGCAUGGCCACAGUGGAUGGUUAUUAUUCUUUCCGUAAUGUGCACCAUGGCACAUGGUUCAUUCAGGCCCUCUGUAACAAGCUGCGGGAGCUGGUACCAAGGAGUGAAGAUAUCUUGUCCAUUCUUACGGCAGUCAAUGAUGACGUGAGCAAACUUUCAGACAAAAAUGGAGAAAAGAAGCAGAUGCCACAACCAGCUUACACUCUCCGGAAGAAAUUAAUAUUCCCAGUGCCUAGUGAUGAUCCUCCCGUGUCAAAACAGCUGUAGGAUUUAUUUUUUUUAUUUUUAUUUUGUUGUUCUUUUUCUGUAGGAUUUUUGUUGUGGGUCGCUGACUCUUGGUUUUUGAAAGAGUAAAGAAAACACGCUCCUGCAUUUCAAAUAAUCUUCCCCAUGCUUUGUGCAUCCCAAAGAAUUCAACUGACGCCUGGAAGGUACCUAUGAAUAGUGAACAAUAAGUCAUCUCAUGUUCUCUCCACCUUCAAUGGAAAUGCAGAUUUGUACUUCAGCUGCCCAUGUACCAUAUUCGCGCAUUUCUAGAUAAGUGUGUGCAAAUGGCGUAGUCGUCAUGUAUACAUGACCCCGCCUUCAAAGAACCGUGUGCAGGUUUCGGCAACUCUGAACUAAAGAGAUCUUUGUCUGCUGCUACAGCUGCCGCCACAGACGGAUCCUCUCAGCCGGCGUGGCCUCAAUCCUGUCUUAAAUAAUAACUGCCUGAUAAAAUAGUUAGCUUUUUCUUAUGAGAAAGUAACAGGAAAAUGGCUGUGUCUGUGCUUUUCUUUGGGGAAAACAACCUUAUGGGACAGAGACAUGGAACUGGUGAAAACCCAGAAUAUCCAUACCAAGAUUGAAAGCUUGGAAUUGAGUUUUAGAAGCCAAAAGGGGACCACUAGUUGAGCACGAAGACCUGGUUCCAGAAAGUGGGGGUUGUGCAGCACAAAGAAGGAAAAGGUGUCUAAAGUUCUACCCAAGUGCAAAUUACUGAUAGGCAGGUCCUUCAGGAAACAGGUUAGAAAAUAUGUGUUCCAAUCUGUAAGUUUUUGGAAAUAAGGUGCGUAUCACCAUUGUACAGAACAGGAUAUGGAAUAGUACUACUGUUGAAAAUUUUAAAAGGGAGAAUUACCUCCACUAAAAGGAAAAUAGGGACAAUAGUUGCUUUGGCAUACCUUUAAGGGCUUAUUUGAUAAUUGCUAAAACCUCACUACUUGUACAGUGGUACCUCGAGUUACAAACGCUUCAGGUUAC